CGAUGUCCCGCGAGUACUCUGACCCGGACCGACUCUGACUGCUUUGGAGGACAGGCCGUGAUGUGAUGGAAAGGGCGCACUGCCGCAUCAAGGUGCCUUGUAGACGCUGCCCAUGGCGUCUUGCGAAAGGGAUGAGAGCUCGUCGCAUAGUAACUUGCAAGGAUACAAAAUCCUCCUAGGCUACGAACCAAGCUGAGCCAGUUGCUUGGGUCAAACAGCACGGAGUGAUUUAGGUCGCAGAGCAGAAGGGCCCAUUGCUUCUCCGGAAUGCUGCAAGCUUCUGGUGAUUGAAGCAGCCAGCAGGCAGGCCUGGACCCCUGACUUUGUUUCGGUCUCACUCACAGCAGCGGGCGCCCAGACUGAUGUCGCCAACGAAUUGAUUGCUGAGUACUCUUGCUGUGGAGCUUGACGUCCCAGCAAUAGACCACUUACUACUGCAAAGACUCCCAACAAUUGCUCAAAUCAUCAAAGCUCAAAAACAAAGCUGGAUCAUUAUAUAUGCACACGAGCGAUGCCACUGCCCCAUGUCCUUUAAUAAGGAGGGCUCCUCACAGAUUCAUUCCACAGGUCUCAAGUCAUCUAAGCUGCAGCUGAUCUGAGUGACCUUUUUAUCUGCAGCAUUCAACCAGCCUUGAGCUUCCAGCAAUUGAUCUGAACCCUGAAAACAAUUGAAAACAUGAGAGCUUCCAAGCUCAUCCGGCGAAUACUGCCUUGCUGGCAGCUCCCAGUCACUCUUCUCUUGUGCACCGCUAUGCUCGUGUCCCUCCCCCCUUUAUGGGGUUGUUUUAACGGAGGCUUCCUCGGUGUCAAUGGCACGGCCCUGAUCUGCCGCAGCACCAACCGGGUACAGCAGCCAAGGGAGCUAGCAUUUGCAGUGCACAAGCGUCAGAAGCUAGCAAAUAAGACGCCUUAUGGGGGGAGCUCUGACGAUGCUCUCCUGGGAGAAGCAGAGGCGGACCGCAAUCAAAGCUCAGAGACGCCGGUGAACGAAACGCAUGCUUUGGAUAUCGAGUUGGGUGGGGCAGAAGUCACAGAGCACGGGGGUAACAAUAGCGGGGGUUCGCAUGCAUUGCAUAAUGAAACUAGAGUUGAGACACAGGUGGUCCCCUCUGAGGAAGGAACGAGAGGGGUUGCCGAAAGGGGAACUCCUGAGACUGUAGAAGCUGAGACACAGCAGGCUUGUGCGAACGGGGGGGACACGGACGCUCCGGGCUGUUCGGAAGCGGGCAGUGCCUCGGAAGGCGCAGGGAGCCUGGACGACAAGAAUGGGGAAGGGGCAGCGGGUGAUGGAGUUCUUCAGGAGGAGUUGCAGAACAAGCUUGGGGAUGUGUUGGGCUCAGAGGACGAGAAAGCCCCAGAGAUCCGGGACGAGAGACGGAGUGAGGAAGGAACGGGGGAGGUAGGGAAGGAGGAGGGGCCGAAGAGAGAGGCUGUGGGGGGAUUGGGAGCGGCAAGUUCUGCGGAGCUUUCUGAGGGAGGGGCACAACCAGUAAGGCCCGACCCUAGUUGCCGUUCGGAUGAGCUCGUCUACGUGUACGAUUUGCCGUCAGAGUUCCACACGGACGUCCUCUCGCUGUCUUGCGCCGGCAGCAGCUUCUGGUCGCAACACCCCCGCAAUGCGUGCACCGUGUACGCGCCAGAGCUGGGAGGGAUCGGGCCUCGCCUAACUGGAAGCGAAGUUGCGCUUUUGGAAGAGAUGGGGAGCCCCGUGAAUAGCUGGGCGGAUACGGGGCAAUUUGCGCUGGAGGUCAUGUUUCACCAGUACAUGCGCGACUCGUACCCCUGCCGCACUCUGGACGGCAACGAAGCGGCCGCGUUCUACGUGCCCAUUUACACCGGCAUGCUGCAUCACAAUCGGACGCUCCACUGUGAUCGCGCCACGUGUCCCGAGUAUUCGCCGCUUGGUUUGGUGGGGCGGCUACUGGGCGCCCACCUGAAUAAGCUGCCGUAUCUCCGGAGGAAUAAGGGCCGAGAUCACAUCACGACGAUGGGCCACGUGAACUUCGACGGCUUGCAAGACGACACGUGUUGCACCAACGGCCUUCUCAAGACGAAGCACACCAAGAACUUCGUCAUCAUGGGCAUUGAAUCGAGCGUCUUUACGGGACCGGAGCGCCAGGUCAGCAUCCCCUACCCAACCUGCUUCCACCCCGGCAGCCCGGAGGACAUCACCGCCCACCAACAACUCAUCCAAUCAUCCAACCGAACAAACCUGGCGAGUUUCGCCGGGCAGUUGAACCGGGAGGGCCUCCAUUGGGGCCGCAACCUGCGGGCGAAAAUCGCCGAGCAGUGCGAGCUUCACCCGGGGGACUGCCAUCUGGUCGAGUGCGGCAUGGAGUGCCCGUGCACGAAAGUCCUCGAAGCCCAGCUCGCGGCGAAGUUCUGCCUGCAGCCCAGCGGGGACAGCCCCACCCGGCGGAGCCUCUUCGACUCGCUGCAGGCCGGGUGCAUCCCAGUGCUCUUCCACCGGGCGUCCGCUUACGACGAGUACACGUCCUUCCUCCCGCAAGACGAGAGCAGCUACUCCGUCUUCAUCCCGGAGAAUGACGUCAUGCAAGGCGGGGUUGACAUCAUCGAGGAGCUGCGGCGGAUCCCGGAGGACGAACUGCAGCGGAAGAGGGAUGUCAUUGCGAGCAUGUUGCCGUCGAUCAGCUACGAAGACCACGAGAGAGCGCGCGCACAGGCGCGAAGCGCGGCCGCGGCGCUCGAAAGCGCCGACUCGAAACCUCGAAACCCUCUGGGAGUGGGGAGCGCCUACGAGGUUGCGCUGGCGGAGGCGCUUCGGCGCGUGGAAAGGGCGCUUGAGACUCCCUCGUAAGGUGAUCCAAGUUGGAAGUCUAUUACCGGUACUUUAUAUAAUACAAUAGCCGCUGACUGAUAGCACUUAAAUAGAGACGGAACUGUGCACUGCGGAGGAUCGUUGACUGAAAUGGCAAUAUACCGUUGGAUGAGUCAGUCCGGAUGCCGCCUGAUUUGUCAUAUAAAGUUCACUGUAUCAUACGGUUGGCUGGACAGAUGUAGCUAGAGGGCCCUAAUCACCCUUACGUUCCGCUUCGCAUAGGACCAGUGGUAUUUAGAGUCGACAGCUAUGCAACAAUCCGGAUACAGCAAAGACCUGGUAAGAUCUAUACGAGUCCUGAAGGGUCUAGGCGUCGCAGUGUCGUGUUGUUGCGUGCUUUGUCGAUUGACUAGUUGAGUCAGCCAAAGACUGUAUGGUAGAUUUUGCAGGUAGGGCUCAAAAACAUACGAUAUUGCAAUGCGGCCUCAGUGCAUGGUUCCGCUUUUGAUACCCCACCUCAUGCCAGACACUGUGGAAAACUCCAACAUUCAC